AUGCCGUCCUCUAUCGCCUCCACGAAUCGCGCGGAUACCGCCGAGUUUCGUCGUCUCAUGUACUUCUUUCAGAAGUUGCAAGAGCCGCGACCGCGCGUACUGGCCCGCCGCGCGCAGCAGCAUCCGAGUCCCGAGGAGACCGAGGAGGCCAGCGACGACGAAUCUGACCCAGUCGUUAUGCCCCGGGACCUCGCGCCACUCGUCCAGAACCUGGCCACCAUUCUGGAGCGGAAUCCAUCGGCUACGGACGACACUUUCGCGCUCCCUUCUCGCCCAACUGCGCCUGCACGCCCGCGUAGCAAGACGAUCGCCGCAUCGCCACCGCGAACCACAUCCAAGAAGGAUGGGUCUUUCGGCGGCAAGAACUUCCAGUUCACAUUCAAGAUGCUCCUCCACAAGCUCUACAACGCCGAAGACUGGGCGAGCAAAGUCGGCGCGCUGCUCGCAGACAGCCAAGCACGCUUUCGCCCGCUGACCGACACGCCACCCACACCACCGCCCGCGACAUCUGCCUUUCCGACCCACAAUACUCCGCGUCGCCGCGCCAUCUCGCAAUCACGAGGCGGGAAGUAUGGGACCAUUGGCAUUGGGCUCGGGCGUCCCACUGGCCAGAUGGGUGCCGCGCCAGACAACGCGAACGGUGCUGCGAGAACCACGGAGCCUGCGUUGAAGCGCCGCAUUGUGAACCGUCGCCGCUCCGCCGCGGAGCCUGAGCUGGGCAAGAUGAAUGUUCAGACAAGUGGAUGGGUCUACGAGGCCGAGGUCUCAAGGCGCCAGCUCGGUCCGCAGGAAAGCAUUCGCCGUCGCAAGCGCGUCGUAUCGAGCGUUGCGUAUAGCGAGGAGCAGAAGGAAGCGCGGCGUGUCUCUGGUGACAUUUCGCCGAUGCUGAAGCGCGAGCGGGCGGUACAGUUCGCGGAUACGCGAGUCAUGGGGAAGCGCUCGCGCAUUGAGGAGGACUGA